AUGUCGAGGAAAGAAUUAGAUGAAUGUAUGAAAGAUAUAAAAAAAUACAUUGAGGAUAACAGAUCACCAAGAGAAAAAAUAAAUUUACUAAAAAGAAAAGUAGUAUUUUUGGGUGCUGAGACUAAAAAGACGACUCUGAAUUUUAAGCACAUUAAAAUGUUAAAGGAACAUAAGAAAAAAAAGAAGAUGGAAAACAAAGAAAAACUUAAAGCUGCAGGAGUAUUUAAAAGACACAAUAAAAAAUAA